AUCAGCGGCAGUUGAGGAAGCUGUUUGCGCCACAGAUUUCUUCUUUUUUACUUUAUUAGCUUUUUUUUUAAAGACAGAACAACUUUUUGUGUGUAGUUUUUCCCUUCUGGUGUUGGAAUAAUGUCGUUUUCAAGGGCUCCUUUGAAACGAUUUAAUGAGCAUAUCGGCUGUGCACCGCCACCAGGUACAUAUGAGCUAAAGCCUGGUGAAGUGAAGGGUGCUGCUUCAUUCCACAAGGCAGAACGCUUCAGGCCACAAAAACUCGGACCACCUGUUUCCAAAGAUGUUCCUAUUUCUCCGGUUCGCAGGACCAUGUCAGUUGAUGGCUUGACUGACAGUUCAAAAAAGGACAAGAGCAACUUUCAAAUUGAAAUGAAACAACAGAAGCUGCUGGAGAAAGAGAUCCGGUCACUGGUUCAGCAGAGAGGAGAACAGGACCGCAGACUUCAGGCCCUAGAGGAAGAGCUUAAGAAGCUGGAGGCUAAACUGCUGGCUGCUGUGAGAGAGAAGACUGGCCUUGCAGCCAGCGUGGCCUCCCUUGAAAGACAGCUUGCCGAGUUGCAAAAAACCAAUGAGUUCCUCAAGACCAAGGUUUCUGCAGACAUUACCAAGAAAAAAAUCAACUCGCUGUCUAUGGAGCUCAUGGAAGCCAGAAACAAACUGGAUGCUAAGGAGAAGGAACUAAGUUUUCUCCAGAUCAGCUCAGAAGGCAAAGUAAAGGUCUUGGAGGCUGAUCUUCAAGCCUUAAGAGCAACACUUAAUGCUAUUAAGGAGAGAAACAAGGAUCUUGAGGGCCUUCAUGAAGAAACUAAAGUUCACAAUGAGGAAGUGGAGAAAGAAAUGGAUAAGCUGCAUGCUAUUAUACAGGAGCUACAGGAGGAGUGCAAAGUGCUGCAGCGCUACCUUGAUUCUGCAAAUGACGAAAUACAGGAUCUUAAGGCUAAACUGCAGGACAGGUCUGCAAUGGAGCGCCGUGUCUCAGAUUCUCAAGAGAAGCUUGGGGAGGUGGAGCAGAAGUUGGAGCAGUGCGUGGUGGAGCUCCAGGAGUCUCAAAGUGUCCUAAAAAACAAGGAGCAGGACCUGCAGAGGUGCCAACAGGAGCUUCAGGAGUGCCACAGCACCCUUGAGGAGCGGCAGAGAGAGCUAGACCAUCACAAGAGUGAACUGGAAGCCUCUCAGGCUAUGCUGAAAGAGCUGGAGGAGAAGAGCUUACAGGGAGCUCAGGAACUCAAGGACUCGCAGAACACUGUGAAGCACCAAGAGCAGGAGCUGGCCCGGGUGAGGGAGGUACUGAGAAGAACAGAAGAGGAGUUGGACCAGCGUGUGGCCCAUAUGAAUGAGCGUUGUUUAAGCAUGGAGGAUGAGAGGGCCAGGACACAGGAGGAAGGGCUGAGGAGAGUGCAGGAGCUACUGGCUGAGGUGAGCUCACUGGAGGAGAGCAGCAAGUGUGAGAAGGAAGCUCAUGACCAGUUGAAGCAGCAACACUCUGCUCUUGUUCUACAGCUUGAGGAGGAGAAGGCUCGUAAUGAUUCCCUAUCCAGCAAGAUAGCAUCUUUGCGUGAUGACCUGGACAAAGAGAAGAAGCAGUUAGAAGAGGAACUGGAAGAGGUGCUGGAGGAAGUGAAUUUGCUUGAGGAGCAGGACAAGCGCCUGCUGGAGACCAUCCAGCUGCUGACUCAGGAGAAACACACUGUGGAAGGAGAACUGAACAGCACUCGUGAAGAACUUGAAAGGAACAAAGCAGAGACGAAGACUUUGGAAGAGGUUUAUCAGGACAAUGUGAAAAAGCUACAGGAUGACCACAACAACUCUCUGGGAAAGAUAGGUGACAUGGCCACUGAAUUAGUGAACGCCACACAGGCUCUGAGUGUGCAGAGAGAGCAGGAUGAGGCUCGUGUACGGGAGCUGAGGGAAGAGCUGAGCAGAAUCACUCAGCAACUGCAGGAUGAACAGAAUAAACUCCUUCAACAAAAUCAUGCUCAGGAAAAGGAGAGGGAAGAGUAUGCCAGGAUGUUACUGGAGGUCCAGACUAAGCAGGCGCAGUGUGAGACAGACUUGAGAAAGGCCAAGGAGGAGCUGGGACAGGAACAGGAGGAGAAACGACAGGCCCUGGCUCAGCUAGAGCAGACUCUGCAGCAUAGGAGGGAGUCGACAGAAGGCAAGGUUCAGGAGGUGAAGCUCUUAAAGGAACAGUUGGAGACACUGAAGCUGGAGAAGGAGCAGCUCCACCAGCAGAUGGAGCAGGAGAAGGAGCGGUUUCACCAGCAGAUGGAGCAGGAGAAAGGGUGGUUCCACCAGCAGAUUGAGCAGGAGAAAGGGUGGUUCCAUCAGCAAAUGGAGCAGGAGAAGGAGCGGUUCCACCACCAGAUGGAGCAGGAACGACAUGACUUAAACAAACAGCUCACUGAGGCACAACAAAGCACAUCAAAUGAUGAGAUGGAGCACUGGAGGAACUUGUAUGAACAGCUAUACGCUAAAGUUAAACCCUUCCAGGAGCAGCUGGACGGCUUUGCUGCUGAGAGGGACGCGUUGCUUUUGGAGAAAGGGGCCACUCAGGCAGAGCUGAAUAAGCUGGCAGGCGCCUACGCCAGCCUGCUGGGCCAUCAGAACCAACGACAGAAAAUCAAGCACAUGGUCAAACUCAAGGAGGAGAACUUGGCACUUAAGCAGGAAGUGACUCAGCUGAGGACACAGGUGGGGAAGCAGAAGAGAGACCUGGAGCAGAUCAAGACCAGUCAGGCCCCACGCCGGUUUGAUCCCAGCAAAGCCUUUAAACACGACCAUAAAGAGAACCAACAGCCUGUGGUGCCUCUUAGAUAGAGGGAGGAUUUGCAAAUCGGUUACCGUCUUAACCAAUUAACAGAUACAAGAAUACAUGAUGUUAUCACGUUGCAGUUUUCACGUUGUUUGUGAGGUUAAUGUAUAUAUUCGCUCACUCCUAGAAUUUAGAGUGCAGAUUAUUAUUAUUAUUAUUAUUAUUAUUAUUUUUUAAGAACCUGUCAAGUAAAGUGCAUUACCAGUUUUGUUGGCUUUUGUCUGUGAUGUCUUAAGGCAAGCGUUGGGGGAGUUCCUGCUACACUUGGUGUUACUGUUCUCUUUGGGAUCUGCACACUAGGGGUGGUUAUUUAUGUCGGCUUGUUUUAUGAUUUGGGUCACCAGUGCUGUGGGACAUAAUAUGGGAGUAUAUAAAAUUUUUAACUAAGUAAUAUUUUUAGCAACUCUGUUUCCGGUCUGGUUACCCAACAACUAGAUAUAUAUUAAAAUUAUAUAUGUGAUCUAGUCUACUGUUAAGAUUGAGUUGUGUAUGCUCAUCCAUUAUCUUCAUUACAUUUCUGAUUCAUGUUCUAACCUUUGAACUUGGAUUCAAUCUAAUAUUAUAGUCUUGGUAAUCCAAUUUUUAUUUUCAAUCCAAUUACCCGACCAAUUUCAGCACUUUUCAUGUACCAUAAUGUGAUUACUUCGCUGCUCUUUUUUGUCUAAUGCCUGAUUUUUGAAAGGUUUUUGAUCAAAUCUUUUGUUUUUAUAUAUGUAAUUGUUUUACUAUUUAGAACAGUUAUUUUAAAAUAAAUGAAAGUUACAUUCCUA